UAGCCUUGAACCCUCCUGCUCACUACUACAGAAACUCCCACAGGAACGAGACCUAUUUCGUUAACACGAACGAUAAAAAAGAAGGAGAAAAUAGUGAUAACGUAACGGUAGAACGUACCCAACAGCGAAAGUCAGCUUAGUGAGUUUACGAAGCGCAGACAGUGGAGUAUCAUCAUGUUAUAUUCAUUGCUGUCAUGGCUGUCAAACAACUUCAUGACGGUUUUAGCCUUUUUGGUUGUACUUUGGGUCGUGAAGAGGUUUGUCAUGUCAACGCAACAUAGAUGGUUCGCCUACGUCAUGCAUUUCUGCACUAAGGACGAAUUCCCCAAGCUAGAGGAGGUGAAGAAGGACCAUUUCGCCAGCCUGAAGGACCACGUCUCUCACGAUCCGGAACUUCGGAAACAGAAGGUCAUUAAGAUUCUCGAAAUCGGCGUCGGAACAGGUGUUAAUUUCGCUCAUUAUCCCGACGGCUGCAGGCUAGUGGUAGUUGACCCUAACCCACACUUCAAGGACUAUUAUAAUAACAAUAGGAAGAAGUUUCCAAACAUACAUUCUGAGGACAUUCUGGUAGCAAAAGGAGAUGACAUGCACAUGAUCGCGGACGGAAGCGUGGAUGCUGUGGUCAUCACCCUCGUUCUCUGCAGCGUCGAUAACAUAGACCAGAUUUUGAGGGAGGUUCGACGUGUCCUGGCGCCCGGUGGCAAGUUCUACUUCAUGGAACACGUGCAAGAGUUCGACCUGGAGAAGUACAGCCUCCGGAAGAAACUGCAGGACUUCUUCACGUGGUGUGGUCUGUGGCCUUUCAUUUUUGACGGGUGCUGCCUGAACCGCGACCCGAUGCCGGCGAUCGAUAGGGCGGGCUUCAGCAAGGUCGAGGUGGAUCGUUAUUAUGCCCCGGUGCCCAAUUUCCUCUUCUGGGUCGAGAUGCCUAAUGUGAAAGGUGUGGCUACGAAGUAAGGGGGUUGGAGUUCGAUGCGUGGGGUUUGUUUGUGUGUAUGUGUGUGUGUGUGUGUGUGUGUGUGUGUGUGUGUGUGUGUGUGUGUGUGUGUGUGUGUGUGUUUGUCUGAUAAAUGAUUAGUAGAGAAUGUAAAUGCGUGAAAGUGCGUGUGUGUGUGUGUUUGUGUGUUUGUGUGUUUGUGAUUUGUGUCUGUCUGAUAAAUGAUUGGAUGAGAAUGUAAAUGUGUGUGUGUGUGUGUGUGUGUGUGUGUGUGUGUGUGUGUGUGUGUGUGUGUGUGUGUGUGUGUGUGUGAAAUACCAUUCACUGUUUCCUUCAAGACAGAGCAACAUGGUAAAGCUACACGUAGGGCAUUCAUGUUAAAGGUAAUCUUACUAAACUUGUGUGUAAGCUAAUUGCAUAAAAUAGAAUAUUCUUUAUAAUCUUAGCAUUUUGAAAUGUUAAAUGAUAAGAAUAAUAACUAAUGGCAGUAAUAUUAGUAAUACGAAUGGCUGUUUAUGAUAAUAACGACAAUUAUUUGUAGGUCUUAACAAUUAUAACAAGAUUGAAGAUUAUAUAUACACCGUAAUGACAGUUGAUGGAAAUAGGUGGUUAAUAUAGUAAUAGUACUAUUUUUAUCAAUGUGAAGCUAUAAUUGUAAUAUUGAUAAUAUCUUUCAUGACAUCUAUUAUAAUAAUGAUCAUGUUAUUAAUAUAUGUAUGAUAUGCAAUAUAGUGGUUCCAGAACAUAAUGUUGAAUAUAAAAGAUAAUUA